AUGGCAGUCAAGAGAAAAGUAUCCUCGGAUGUCUUCCCUGGUCCAGAUGGCAGCAGUAUCAACACCACCAACAUUACCAAAAGGCUCAGCGUCGGUUGGGGAGCCUGGGAAAAGUACCAUCAACAUGGCCAGGAUUUGGCCCGAAAAGGCAAAUAUGAAGAAGCCAUUCAGGUUCUUACUGAGGCCCUCCUACAAAAGAACACUGAUACAGUGAAAAUCAUGGACAGCCGGUCUGCAGUAUACUGCAGGAUGGGCAUGUAUGAGAAAGCUCUUAGUGAUGCAAAGCACAUGAUCAGGGCUGCAGCUAAGGAUGAGCGGGGCUAUCUCCGUGCUGGCAAGGCUCUUCUUUUGGCUGAAAAGCCAGAAAAAGCCCUUGAUAUUUAUGCAUAUGCUUUGAAGAGUCUCGGAGAACAGCAUCCACAUAAGGAGGCUGUAACUAAGAUACACAGCAAGCUUGCAGCGAAACUAUCAUCGCGACACCGCGAUCCAAUAUUUUCCCUGAACAGUGACUGCUUGUUGCAGAUAUUACAGCAUCUACCAUUCCGACAGAUAGUUUCCCUUACACGUGUUUCCAAAGCCUGGCGCAUCUAUAUCAAGGACCAACCAAUUCUGUGGAGCGAUAUCUCCUUCCAAGACUCCAAACCGCCCGCAACCCCUGAUGCAGUAAGGGUCUGCAUUCGAAAUUCUCAAAAUAGAGUCAAAAGAUUGCAGCUUCAUAACGUGAGGGAUCCUCUGAAUGCCGCGCUACAGGCUUCUCGAUGUCCACGGCUUGAACACAUUGACAUUGACGGAGCCUUGGGUGAAAGUCACAUCUUCAAUCUCUUCCGCGAUAAACAUAAUCUGAAGAGCUUGAUCUUAUCGAACAAAAUCCCCCUUAGUCGCCAUAUGCUCUGGACGAUGGUCGGACUGCCGAAUCUGGAGCGCAUUGAGGUCCGUCAACUCGCCCUUGAACCCGAUGCCCCAAAAUCAGAGGUGGGGGUCCUCCUCAAUCUCAAAUCCUUGACAUUGAACAUGAAACGUAAGACUUUCUCUCGUGGACCUACUUAUUUCAUUCCAUUUUGGGUUCGAAAUGAUGUGCUAGACCUGGCUCCCAAGGCCGAUAUGAAGCCUCAAAGCUGGUUUGACCGGGUACCAAAUCUCCAGGAACUUCGUCUGUCUGCAAAUGAGGGCGAAAACAUAAGGGUGUGCUUUGAUGGUAUCUGUCACCAUAAUCUGCGUACCGUCCAGCUCUCCAGAAUCUCGUUAUACGGCACAUGGAAGUGCCCAGACACUGUGGAGCAUCUGUAUCUUAUUGACUGCAAUAUGCUCCCCUCAAGUGACAUAUCUAUGCCUCAGGCUCUCCUAUAUCUCAGAACCCUUGUUUUGCGAGGUAUGGAUUUUUCCAAAUUUGGAAUCCCGGACAUCCUUUCUCUUACUACCGGCACCCUGGAAACCCUCCAAAUUGAAAAUUGCGACAAUGUCAAUGUGGCCGAUCUUUCUUUGCUUACAACAAAUGACAAUGUGGUUAAGAAUCUCAGAGAGCUGCAUCUAUGUGGAAUGGGGUUUUAUGACCUCGAGAAUUCCGUCGUUCUCGCCAUGCUCGCGUUGAUGCCGCAGCUGAAAGAGCUCCAUAUUCCACAUAGCAAGGUGACGGGAACCUUGAUCAGGAGAAUCGUCGAGACUGCGGGGGCUAACCGUAUCAAAAUACUCAAUUUGAAGGGCUGUUCGGAUGUUUCGCCCGAAGCAGUUGACUACGGACGUGCACAUGGGCUCAAGAUUAUCAGAUGUUGA